ACAGAGUUGACUUUUAAUUUAAUUAAUUAAGUACUCAAAAAUUAAUCAACAAAACUAUUGACAGCUAUCUUCUAGGAACGAUUCCGGCUCCGGUUCAGAAUUAACAGGGGGCGCAAUACGCACCCGGCGUUCCGAUCACGAUCUCCAGUUAUAAUCCACUCUUAUCGUGCGCCAGUAGGUAGAAACAAUGGGAGAUGUAUGGACAUGGCUACUUUUCUUCUUCAUUGUCAUAGCUAUACUUAUUAUGCUUAUUUUUCAGCUCAUUUGCUUAAGUGAUCUAGAGUUUGACUAUAUCAAUCCAUAUGAUACUGCUUCUCGUGUAAACAAAGUUGUUUUACCAGAGUUCAUCACGCAAGGAGUUUUGUGCUUCCUCUACCUGAUUACAGGACAUUGGGUUAUGUCGCUUUUAUGCGUUCCAUAUCUAUACUACAAUGUCAAGUUGUACAUGCAAAGACGGCACCUUGUGGAUGUUACUGAGAUUUUUAAUAUGCUUAAUUGGGAAAAGAAACAGAGGCUUUUCAAACUUGGCAACAUCGUAAUUCUUCUCCUCAUUUCAUUAUUUUGGGUGAUUUAUAGUGCCUUAGAGGAUCAUGAUGAUUUUUAGCUCUAUUUCGACAAAGUAUAAUUGCCACCAACUCUGGCAAAUAUGAUCUAUAUUCUUUGGUGUAACUUGGCCUGUCCUAGUUCAUUUUUCUUGGAAGUUUAGAGUUAACUAAUGGUAGAUUAGGCAGCAGAUCAUCUUCUUAUAUGAUUUGAGCUUCCUCUAACCUUGUUGCAUUUUCAGCUUUUGAGCAACCAUAGAUUUUUUUAGGAUCCAUAUAUGCUGUGAGGUCCGAGUUCUCGGACACAGAAAACCUGCAAGAAACAAAAUUUUGGCUUAAACCAUGGUGUAGUUUGUCAGCCUGUUUGAUCCUUUUGUGUUUGAUCUCCAGUAUUAUUACAUUGGUGAGAUUUGAGAAUGCAAUUCGUAGGAUAAUGGAUUUUGAGUUCCAUUUUUCUCUCUUUUUUAACAUUGAAUUGGAACAAGACAUGAGAUGCAAUUCAUUGAUUU